GUUUCGAACAGCAUUUCCUCCUGCUCAACUGAAAUUCCAAGCACGCGGACUGCAAACGUUUUCCAGAAGAUGCCGAGCUGGAGAGUGUGUGCGCGCGCGCGUUAGAGCGCGAGACACUGAGUGUGUGUGUGUGUGUGUGUGUUCACCUCGGGCUUCUUUGGAGUACAGGAAGUGUGUGGUUCGGAUUUCGCACAUAUUUAAAGCCAUUAUUCUGAGAUUCCUGAUUUUAUAGCGCUGCCAAAAAACACGACUCCAUCGCUGCCUUGCCAGCAGAAGUGGACUAAACCGAGAGCCUGUUCUCCGUGUCGUUAACGUUUGAAGGUAAAAGGUCGAGGUUGUUCUGGUCGUACUUCCUUUCCCACGGGAGGACAGAAGAGCAGGUGUUUCCCUUUACAGCGCCAGCGCAGGACCUGCUUAUUUAAGCUAUGUGAAGCUCUUUUGUUUUUGAAGACGUCUCCCGUAUUGGAUACACCUUAAGUCAUGUAAAUCUCUAAAUCAUGACCCAAAUUUUGCGAUUCGCUGCCACAAAUAAUGCUUGAUUUUUGUUCUGGCAUGUGGAAUGAGAUUGGGCACAUGGGAAAGGUGUGAAAUGUUGGAGAACCCUGUUGUGAAACGAAAGGAAGGCUCGAUGCUGCCUCCAACAAUAGAAAACGCUUAGUUUAUUAACUAGAUCAGUUUACUUAUUUGUUUUGGGGCGGAGGGAAAAUGAAAACGUCGCCGAGGCGACGGUAUCUAUUUGCUUUUCCCUUCGUUUUCUAUACUCCAACUUCAGCUGUAUCGUUGUGUGACUUAAGCAUUAGGCCUAGACCAAUUCAUCUGAAGUGAGGAAUAAAGCGCACAAUUACAUCCGCUUGCGAUUAAAUAAUAGUAAAAAAAAUUCCGCAGAUUUUGGCCCAAGACGCGUCAUGUGACGUCAUCAUGACACGCGUUCAGCCAAACUUCUUCGAUUCAUGUGCGUCGAACACGAGUACGGCGAAAAGGUCUCGUUUGCCGGCAGACGUCGCUGCCGAAAGAUUGUGCAAAACCUUUUUGUGCCAUUGCGAUUUUUGCCAAUUCAAGUUGUUUUUCGUAAACAAACAAACAAAAACAUAACCCUGUCAUUCAUGUUUAUCUUCUGACCAAUCAGAUUCGGGAAUUUGCGUCAUGCUUUAAGGUUGCUUAUUAAGCUCGACUACUGAUCUGUAGGACACUAGUCCUAAUUUCAAACAAUAGAAGUCGAGGUUUCUACCUACGGCGUCUGUUUCGAUCGUGUGCGUGCGCUUGGCCAAGCGGCUCAGCUGUUCGGCGUGGAUCUUCAUUACCCGAGAUCGGGGUUCUCCGGGUAGCAGCUGCGUCCCCGUUUAAUUGGACUGUAAAGAUGGGUUUUCCUAGAGGAAGCGGGGUGGAGGCUGUGCGCCUUGAGGACGCUAUUCAACAUUGAUCUCAUACACACUAAUUGUGGGUGUGUGUGUUUGGAGACUCCAGUGAAAAUAACUGACGAGUCAAUUAAGCACACACACACAUACAGAGGCACAUCUAUCAACAAAAGACAACAAUGAGAAAGGAUGAGGUGCCCUAUCCGUGGAUAAUUGAAGGGAGGGUGGGGGUUGCUUUCGGGCACGUGUACUUGUGUACUGGCUGGGUGACGUGAGCGCCGAGGGCCACGUCUGCAGCGCUGAUCCUCUUAGGCGAUUACAGAGAUGACCUGCAUGAGGAGCGCGCUGAUGCCGUCCCUAUACUGCGUUUACUCUACUCUUCAGCCUCGGUGUCUGCACAUUUAAUUACAAAUCCCAAAUCUGGACAGUGACAUCUUCAGCCGGUCAUUAUUAUAGGAUUAGGAUAUUCACACCCGUGAAACAGGCACCUUUUGUUCUGUAAAAGUCCCGGAGUGAAAGAUAGAAUUGUAUUUAUUUGUAGUUUUCUUAUGUGUCUAGAGUUGAAUAAAACGAGCCGUGCCGUCUCUCGGAUGCAGCCAAAUGUGGUGACCGUUACUGACGGAGACUUUCCGCUUGUCGUGACCGUUGGCCCCGGGCUGAAGCUUGGCAUUGCUCUGUGCCCCGAGUCUUGGCGUGCUGCUGAGGGAGAGGAAUGUGUCCGAGCCCUCUUGAGAAUGUGGCAUUGCCCUGCCCAGAGCACCGGGUCACGGCCCGGCCUUUGUGCUGUAAGAUCCCCCUCUCAGCUGGGACAUAAAACGCCUUUUGUUUUUUCCACUAUUUUCCCCUUUCUUUCCCUCCAUCCCGUGGCUGUUUGACAUUUAGUAGGCUUGAGGCUCAACGCCAACCCAGACGCUUCAAAAGUUGGUCUUUUGUACUUCCUUUUCACCCCCUUGUUUGCAAUUGUUUCUCUUGUCCUCUCUUUCUCUCGGCCCUUCUCACUAAUUCUCACGCACUUAAUUUAAAAAAAAAAAAAAAAAAGAAAAGAUUCUUUUACCCUUCCACUGAGACAAUCUCAGAAUUUCAGGACUUCUAUUUUAUUAAAUGGGCUCAACGCCACAUUCGUCUUACCUCGCAAGUAGGAACGUCAUUUUUCGACCGCCGUGGUUUCGAGAUAGCACGGGAGGGGGGCGGGGGCGUGAGUGAAACAUGGACGCUCCAUGUUCAUCUUUUAUUCGCAACAAACUAGCCAACCGUGUAAUCAGUGUGUCUGGGUGUUGAUCGAUCUUGCGCUUGUAUGUACAGUGGAACCCAUUUAAAGCUAAGAAGUGACGCUGUGUUUACGGUUCUCGCUGUGAGCGGCCAUUUUGAUUUGACGUCACUUGCUGAACUCUGGGUUUAGGAGACCGCCGUGAGACCUCCCGAGCAGGAGUUCCAACUUGAGGGGGCGUUUUCUUUGGUUUUUCCUAGUCCGAGUUACAUGACUAACUUUAGUCUAACGGAGAGUAAACCCCUUUCUCCUGUGUCUGUGUGUGGAGCGAGAGAGGGAGCGAUGGAGGAGGGGGGCGGAGGGGUGUAACAAUAGGGUUUUUUGUAAACGCCUGGCCAGCAUCUGUGGGAUAGCUCCACGUCUCAGCCGAGGCACUUCAUUAGCCAGUCCCCGAGCUUACCCCUCCUUCCCUACUUCCCUCUCUCCCUCACUCUUCACAACACUCCGUCUCCCCGCUCUGUCGCCGUAUCACAUCGCGACUGUUUGGGUCUCCUCUUGUUCGGAAUACAGCACUGAUAGUAUUUGAUGUACAGCUCAUUAAUCGAGCCAGUCAGUCUUUACCCAUCUGCGGAAAGGAAUCUUUUGUUUGUGCCUCUCAGCUGUGCUGAUGUUGACCGAACGGUCUUGAUCCACAGGGAAGACGAAGCUUCGGUUGUUACUCUUCUCCUCGUACGUUUUGUGACGUGCUUCGUUCACACGCACAGGGAACCGGAGCAAGGAACUCGGCUGAAGAAAUGACUCAUUUAUUAUUUCAGGAUAAAACUCUCUUUUUUUUUUUUUUCGCUAAAAAGAACCAAACCUUUUCGAGUCACUAUGUGGUUGGUGAAGUCAUGUUGGGAACGGGACUGUUUGAGUGGACGUGAACAGAUUAUGUAGACAUGAGGUGGGGUUUGGUGGGUGGGUGGGUGUUUGGUUGCACUGAACUCUCAUGUUCUCUCUCUCUCUCUUUAAUCAUGACUCUCUCCAACACACACACACACACACACUUGACUCUUGUGCUGUGUUUCAGAAUGAAGCAGUGAAGAAGUCCUGAUCGCAGCGAUGGCCGUCCAAGCUAGCCUGCAGGCUUGGUUUGGAGAAAAGUUUGAGUCACCACUGCAAACCCUCAGCCCACGCCAUGGCCCUGGCCUUGCAGACGUCUUCCAGUACGACCGGUGGAUCGCUGUACGACACGAAGCGACACUUUUCCCCAUGCAGGAAGACCUCGCCAUCUGGCUCACUGACAUUCUAGGUGACGAGAUCAGGGCCGAGCACUUCAUGGAGGAGUUGAAUAACGGGGUGAAGCUGUGUCGACUCGCUGAAAUUCUGCAAAGCAAAAUUCCCAAAGACUGUCUCCUGGACAAGAGUCGGCAGUCCCCUAUGAAGAAAGUGGUGUUUAAGGAAACCGCUUCUCCGGGGUCAUUUUUCGCCCGGGACAACACGGCGAACUUCCUGUCGUGGUGCCGACAAAUCGGAGUCGACGAGACAUAUUUGUUUGAGUCGGAGGGCUUGGUUCUACACAAGAACCCUCGGCAAGUGUGUCUGUGUUUGUUGGAGCUUGGCCGCAUUAUCUCCAAGUACGGAGUUGAACCCCCUGUAUUGGUGAAACUGGAGAAGGAGAUCGAGCUGGAAGAAUCUCUGCUAAUGGCAAGCGAUCCUGCUCCUCCGAUCAAAACCUUUACCGUGUGCUGCCAACAUGGAGGCCUCCAUCAGUCUGACUCUGACUCGGAUGACCCUCCCUGUAAUUGUUCACAGAGGUUUUCUAUCGAGUAUCUGGCAGAGGGACGUUACAGGCUGGGGGAAAAGAUCCUCUUCAUCAGGAUGCUGCAUGGGAAGCAUGUGAUGGUGCGUGUGGGUGGGGGUUGGGACACGCUAAAGGGUUUCCUGAUGAAGAAUGACCCUGAACGUGUGCUGCAGUUCACCACUCUUGAACAGAAGAUUCUGGCGUUUCAGAAAGGCUCCUCUGUCCCUGACUCUGUCCUCAGCACACAGACUGCGCAGCCGCCCGCCAUGGACCCUCUCACUGCCGUUAACCUUCUCCCAUCCUCCUCAGCCACAUCCUCCACAGCCUCUUCCUCUUCAACUUCUUCUAUUCCACCUGGCAAACCUAGCACGCCUGCCUCUGGUGCAGUUACGCCACGAGGCGCGGCCCGAUCCCCAGUCUCCACCCCCUCCCUUCCGAGGAAAGCUGUAGCUCCUAAAAAGAAACUUCAAGUGCCCAGUGUCUCUCCCAAGACCACUGCACUCUCUUCUAACACUACAAAAAAGAGUCCUUCACUCCAACCUUCACCACCAGUUUUUGUUGCCCAGAAAUUGCCUCUUGUCCUCUCUGACCGGAAACAGCGCCCACGUGGCGCCCCCUCUCAGCCGCGUAGUCCUGUGUGCCCAGAGCCCAGCUGCAAACAAGCCAAGCCGUCUGCCAGCCAGGUAGGAAAUGCUUCUCAGCGAGUCGGCCGGCCACCUCGAGCACCGCUUCGCACUCGUCUCGCCCCUAGACGCCCUUCCUCUCCUGCUGCCACACGUCUGCAAAUGGACGCAAGAAAAGGGCGCCCCAUUUCCCCUCGACCAGCAGGCUUGGCAAGGACUCCCAAAGAGACCAAGCCCUUGGCAACAAAAGUUUCUGUAGAGCCCAAACCGCCAGUAAUGAAAACUCAACGAGAGGUCAGACCUUCAUCAGCAACUACCAAAUCCAGAGUUCAAAUCUUCACUCCCACUUCCCAAGUCUCCACAUUUUCUCAUCCUUCCAGGACAAAAAACCCAGGAGGAUCAUCUGCCACGGGGACUGGAGCUCCACGGACUGCACAGACGCCCAGCACAAAGUCCACACAUGCUGCAGACAAAAAAGCCCAAAGCAGCAAUAGUAGGCCACUCAAAACGAACCCUGCUCAGGUCAGAGCGGUUAAACUGACCCCCAGUGCCACCCAAAAGAAACAAAUAAGCCGAACUGUGGCCUCCAAAAAAGCAGAGGAGCCCUACUUUGAGAUGAACAGUAAGAAGAAGAGGUGAACGUAGUUAGAAGCUAGAACUCUGAGGGGUUUUUUUUUUUUUAUUUAUUUUAUUAUUUUUUUUUUAACUCUGUUGUGGUGGUGGUUUUGACAUUUUUCCAUUGGUGUAGCACUUUAAGGUACAGGCAUCAGCCUCGCACGUCGAACUGUUUAACAAUAUUUCACAGCUCAAAUGUGUGUUUUACAUUUUUAUGUUUUAUAAUUUAUUUGGUUUAUUUUUUUUAAUUGUGCCACAAAGGUCAUUUGUGGAAAAAGGUCAAGAGAUAAUGUCUCUGGUCUAUUUUAAGAGUAAACACUAAAUAUCCUUUAGACUAGCCCUUUAACGAGAGGAAGGGAGGGAGAGGCCUGUGCGGAGUUGUGUAACUUUUACUUUAAUCCAAAUAACUUGAUUAAGAAUCUUCAUCUCAGUAAGCAAGGCAUUAAAUUGAUACUAACACACUGAUCAAGCCAGUUUUGACUCAGUUUGGCAUUGUAGAUGAAGUUACACAAGUUGUAGACUUGCAUAGUUGUAAUUAUUCAUUAUGAUGUUAAUACAUAGAUGUACUCCUGAAUAUGUAUCAAAAACAAUAAUGGUUAAGGAUUUAACAGUUCAUUACCUGUCUGAGUAUUCUCUUAUAAGUAGUAAUUCAUUCUAAUUGCUUUUUAACAUGACACAAUGUAAUCUAACCACAGAGAGCUCUUGCAGGUGUCGUGAUCAGCUGAUUAGCCAUUUAAAGAAACCAAUAGGAACUACCUCUGGACGUGCAUAUUAAUUACCACGUGUCCUGCUGAUUGAGUGAAGCUCGUGCUGAUCAAUAUUAAUGUCAUGAUUUACUGUUUUCCAUUAGUUAUUCACAGCACAAGCCAAACCUUGUUUUUUUUAAAACUUGCCGUUACUUUGUGUCGUGUUCUGUGUCAAGGUGUGAAUCUUUUUGAUUUACCUAUAUUUUUUUACAGCACUUUACAAGAUUUAUUUUAAAUGUAGUCUCUCUUUUAAUGUCGUGUGAAUUGUGACUGUAAAUUCUUCGUGUUUAAUAAAGGUAUCCUUGGGUAACGCAUCUUAUGUGCUGAUUUUUAUCAUGACUGAAAGUAAUGUGCACGCUUCAAGGCUGGAAAUGCGUUCAGACGUGGAUGAGAACGCUAGUUCUCUAAUGUAAUUGUGGUUCUCUGAGUCACAGUGUACAUGAUGGCACCCAGUUAGCAGCAGUGUAGAUUUUCCUGGAGCAGCAUGCCGGUGAGCAAUGCCCAUGAGGAGGCACUGCUUGUACAGAAGAGUGGCUUUAUGAUGGUGAUUGCUGAGGCAGUGACCACUUCCACAGGUUUCAGACAUGAGUCUCGCAGCGUGACUUGUUUAAUCGUUCGGCUAAACCAAGAACAAUGCGUGUUACCUUGGGGUCAAAAUGCUCACUCUGACCAGUUUGGGUAAACACGUGCCCUCACAUUCCUGCUCUCGGCUGACAGGAGUGGAACCCGACGUGGCCUUCUGCUCUUGUAGCCCAGCUGCCACAGGGUUUGACGUGUGUUCUGAGAUGCUUUUCUGCUCACCAUGGUUGUAAAUCGUGUUUUAUUUGAGUUACUAGACAGUUCCUGUCGUAUGAAUACGUGUAGUGAAAAAUAGAAAUGAGGAGAGACCCUUUGAAAUGUUUGCCCCAUCCUGAUUUCUUCUGUUUUUAAUGUACAUCUCAGAAUUAUCUCAUGUUUCAGAAAUUAAAAGAAAUCCUAAGAUAAAACACAGGCAAUCUGAGAAAACACAAUGAAAUAAUGAUAACAUUAUUUAUUGAAGCAAAAAAAAAAAAAGUAUCUAAUACCAACGGGGCCUGUGUGAAAAUGUAUUUGCCCCUGUAUUUAAUAAGGGGAAUUAAUUCCCCAAAUCUAUGAAACUGCAUUCAGUACGGGGUUCACCUGGACUAAAUGUAACAAGACCUGAUUACUGCAAACCCUGUUCAAUCAAAUCCACACUUAAAUGCAACUUUUUCACCUGCAGGAAGUUGGUUAAAGGAUCUUACUCAGUAACACACUAUGACAAAGUUGAAAGAAAUUCCAGACAUGAUGA